CGCACACCCACAACUCCCCCCAUAUGUGUUCUAUUUGUAUCAUUCAUUUAAAUCAUUUUAUAAAUAACGUUCUGCCCCUGAAUUUCAGUUUUGAAAUUUUAAAGCAGAGUCAAGAAAUGAUUUGGCAACAGUUAAGAAAUCACAAGUUCCCUUCUUCCCACAUAAACUUCUGCAAACUGCAUGCCGGUUUCUGCUGGUGGUAAAGGCGCCGAGUUCAGGAAGUUGGCCAGUUUCUUUGCUCUGAGCACACCGAGUGACAGAGGGUAGCCCUCCCUGGCGCUGCAGGUGACCGAUGAGAAAUUAGGACAACAGAGCCUGGAAAACAUGACCCUCCCAUCUUUGUUUCUGACCUGCCUUUUCCUGCUCAUCUCUGAUUCCUAUGAGUUCUUCAGCAAAGCAAAUUAUUCUAGAAGCUAUCCUUGUGAUGAGAAAAGACAAAAUGGCUCUGUGAUUGCAGAAUGCAACAGCCGUCGACUGAGAGAAGUUCCCCAAACCGUGGGCAAGUAUGUGACAGCACUAGACCUCUCUGAUAAUUACAUUACACACAUAACAAAUGAAUCAUUUCAAGGGCUGCAGAAUCUUACUAAAAUAAAUCUAAACCACAAUGGCAAUCCACAGCACCUGAAUGAAAACCCUGAUACAAACCAAAAAGGCAUGAAUAUCACAGAUGGGGCGUUCCUCAACCUACAAAACUUAAACCAGUUACUGCUUGAAGACAACCAGUUAUACCAAGUACCUGGCGGCUUGCCAGGGUCUUUGAAGGAACUUAGUCUCAUUAAAAACAACAUAAUUUUGGUGACUAAAAAGAACACUUCUGGCCUUACCAAUCUGGAAAGGCUCUACUUGAGCUGGAACUGCUAUUUCGGCAAUAAUUGUGUUAAUAAAACUUUUGCCAUAGAAGACGGAACAUUUGAAAGUCUUACAAAUUUGCAGGUACUGUCCCUGUCUUUUAAUAAGCUUGUCCAUGUGCCACCUAAGCUGCCAGACUCCCUAAGAGAACUUUAUCUCAGCAAUGCCAAGAUUAAAAUCAUCAGUCAGGAAGAUUUCAAGGGAUUGAGAAAGUUAAGAGUCCUAGAUUUAAGUGGGAACUGCCCAAGGUGUUUCAACGCCCCAUUUCCCUGUACACCUUGUGAAGGAGGCUCUUCAAUUCAGAUCCAUCCUCUUGCUUUUCAAAACCUGACGGAACUUCGCUACCUAAACCUCUCUAGCACUUCUCUGCGGAAGAUUCCCGUAACGUGGUUUGAGAACAUGCCCAACCUGAAGGUUCUGCACUUGGAAUUCAAUUACUUAGUGGAUGAAAUAGCCUCUGGGGAAUUCUUAACGAAACUGCCCUCCUUGGAAAUACUUGACUUAUCUUUUAACUACAAAAUGGCAAAAUAUCCAAAAUAUAUUAAUAUUUCCCAAAACUUCUCUAAUCUUAAGCUGCUCCAGGCGCUGCACUUAAGAGGUUACGUGUUCCAGGAACUUACAGCAAAAAACUUCCAUCCCCUGAAGGGUCUCCCACAUCUAAGGACUAUCAACUUGGGCAUCAACUUUAUUAAGCAAAUUAAUUUUACCCUCUUCCAAGAUUUCCCCAAUCUGACGAUCAUUUACUUGUCAGAAAACCGAAUAUCACCCUUGGUAAAUGAUAUCCAGCAAAAUGACGAAAAUGGUUACUCCUCUCCAAGUCAUGUCCUUAAGCCACGCUCAGCAGAUUUUGAGUUUGACCCACAUUCAAAUUUUUAUCAUACUACCCAUCCUUUAAUAAAGCCGCAAUGCACAGUUUAUGGCAAAGCCUUAGAUUUAAGUCUGAACAGUAUUUUCUUCAUUGGGCGAGAGCAAUUUGAAGCUUUUCAUGACAUUGCCUGCUUAAAUCUGUCUUCAAAUGGCAAUGGUCAAGUGUUAAAUGGAACUGAAUUUUCAGCUGUGCCGCAUAUCAAAUAUUUGGAUCUGACCAACAAUAGAUUAGACUUUGACGAUGACAAUGCUCUCAGUGAUCUACCCGAGUUAGAAGUUCUAGAUCUCAGCUACAAUGCACACUACUUCCGAAUAGCAGGGGUGACGCACCGCCUGGGAUUUAUUCAAAAUUUAACACAACUGAAAGUUUUAAACUUGAGCCACAAUGGCAUUUAUACUUUAACAGAGCAAGACCUGAGAAGCAUGUCCCUAGAAGAAUUAGUUUUCAGAGGAAACCACCUUGACAUUUUGUGGAAUGCUGAAGGUGACAAGUACUGGAAAAUUUUUACAAGUCUCAGGAACCUGACACGGCUCGAUUUGUCCUUGAAUAACCUUCAUCUCAUCCCAAAUGAAGCUUUCCUGAACUUGCCCCAGAGUCUCACCCAACUAUACAUAAAUAAUAACAUGUUAAAUUUCUUUAACUGGACAUUACUCCAACACUUUCCACAUCUCCACUUGCUGGACUUGAGUGGAAACAGGCUAUCCUCUUUAACUAAUAGCCUCUCCAAAUUCGCGCCUUCCCUGAGGACGCUGCUACUACGUCGAAACAGGAUUUCGCACCUGCCCUCCAACUUUCUUUCCGAAGCCAGCAGUCUGAUCCACCUCGAUUUGAGUUCCAACCUGUUGAAGAUGAUCAACAAGUCCACGCUUCAAACGAAGACCAACACCAGUUUAACCAUUUUGAAACUAGAUAGAAACCCUUUUGACUGUACCUGUGACAUUGGAGAUUUUCGAAGAUGGAUGGAUGAAAAUCUGGAUGUCACCAUCCCUCGGCUGACAGACGUGAUCUGCUCUAGUCCUGGGGAUCAGAAAGGGAAGAGCAUCAUGAGUCUGGAGCUAACAACCUGUAUUUCAGAUACCAUCGCGGCAGUGUUGUGUUUCUUCACGUCCUUAAUCACCAUUACCGUGAUGUUGGCUGCCUUGGGUCACCACUGGUUUUACUGGGAUGUUUGGUUUAUCUACCACGUUUGUCUAGCUAAGGUAAAAGGCUACAGGUCUCUUUCCACGUCCCAAACUUUCUAUGAUGCCUAUGUUUCUUACGACACCAAAGAUGCGUCGGUUACGGACUGGGUGAUAAAUGAGCUGCGUUUCCACCUAGAGGAGAGCGAAGGAAAAAAUGUGCUCCUGUGUUUAGAGGAGAGGGAUUGGGACCCCGGAUUAGCCAUCAUCGAUAACCUCAUGCAGAGCAUAAACCAAAGCAAGAAAACUAUAUUCGUCUUAACCAAAGAAUAUGCCCAAAACUGGAACUUCAAAACAGCAUUCUACUUGGCCUUGCAGCGGCUCAUGGAAGAGAACAUGGAUGUGAUUGUAUUUAUUCUGCUGGAGCCCGUGUUACAGCAUUCUCAGUAUUUGAGGCUGCGGCAGAGGAUCUGCAAGAGCUCCAUCCUUCAAUGGCCUGACAACCCCAAGGCGGAAGGCUUAUUUUGGCAAAGUCUGAAAAACGUAGUCUUAACCGAAAACAAUUCCCGGUACAACAAUUUGUAUGUUGAUUCCAUUAAACAGUACUAACGGAUGUUAAGCCACGGCUCACCAGCAUAAUAAAAAUGCAAAGCAAUUAC